GGAACUUCCUCAUCGUGAUGACCAAAAACUUAUUACAUUCGCUACUUUCCUCGUAUACGGUAUACCCAUCAAUAUUUUCUCUUCAGACUAAAAACCAAAAUCUGACCGCCGUAAUGAAUGCGACGGUGGUGUCACCUGACCAGUCCGGCCACUGGCUAACAAACACCGAUAGGAUGGGUGGAUUAGCUUACGGGAUCGGAGUCUCCAUUGGUAUUCUAAUGCUGAUUACCACAAUCACCCUCACCUCUUAUUAUUGCACUAGAAGCCAUAUCUCCGCUUCUCCCACGACCACUCCGAGGACAAGACGCCGGCAAAGAGAGACCAAUGGAGCGUUUCAAGCUGGCCAGGAAGGGUUCAACUUCGAAGGUGACGACGACCAAAACGACACCGUUGUGGUCGAAGUCUUGGGGCUAAACGAUGAGGUGAUCAAGAGUUUUCCUAAGCUUGCGUACGAAGAGGCUUGUGUGAGCUACAGCUUGCAAAGGGAAUCGAGUACAACGACGUGUUGUUCUAUAUGUCUUGCGGAUUACAAGAAGACGGAUAUGAUCAGGGUUUUGCCCGAUUGUAACCACUUGUUCCACGACAAGUGUGUUGACCCUUGGCUCAAGCUUCAUCCGACGUGUCCCGUUUGCCGUACGUCUCCCUUACCGUCGCCGGCUAUAACACCUGUCGCUGACGUUGUUUCCUUUUCCCGCCGGCCAAUGAUGGAUAUUUGACUUCGUACGUCACGUUUUAAAGAUAUUAUUGUUGACAUUAUUUUUUUAGAGUAUAUAUAUAAAAUCUCUUCUAAGCUGUAAAGUUUCACGUUUUUUAUUUGGUUAUGCACAAAACAUGAAUCAGACCUUCUUACUAUUAAAUAAAGAAGAAGUGGAGCAAGACGUUUAAUAUUUUUUAGAAGAGGCGAAAAUUUAUA